AUGAAAAAUGGCUUCAAGGAUGGGUGUAGGCCUAUGAUAGGCCUUGAUGCGUGUUUCUUGAAGGGGGUUUACAAUGGGCAGUUAAUGGCAGCUAUUGGAAGGGAUGCCAAUAAUAACAUGUAUCCAAUAUCCAUGGCAGUUGUAGAGGCAGAGACCAAGAAUAGUUGGUCAUGGUUUCUUGAGGCACUAUUGGCUGAUCUUGGCCCCAGUGGUGUACGUAGAUGGACUUUUAUUUCAGAUAGACAAAAGGGUCUUGUACCAAGUCUUAUGGAGGUGUGCCCUAAUGCUGAGCAUCGGAUAUGUGUGCGGCACUUGUACGCCAAUUUUCGGAAUGACGGUCACCGGGGGGUGUUACUAAAGGACUUACUGUGGAGAGCUGCUGCAUCUUACACACAGAAUGAGUUUUAUGCUGUAAUGAAAGAGCUUAAGGGCCUUAAUCUGUCAGCCUAUGAGUACCUUUCGAAGGUUGACCCUGCAACUUGGUGUAGGGGAUGGUUCAACACAUAUGCAAAGUGUGACCUCUUACACAACAAUUUGGCCGAGUGCUUCAAUUCUUGGAUCACCAAGUUCAGAGAUAAAACCAUACUGGUAAUGUUGGAAGGCAUUAAGACAAGUUUGAUGAGAAGGUACCAGCGGAAAAGAGAAAUUAUAGCUACGAUGGAAGGCAAUGUUGGGCCAAAAAUUAAGGAGAAGUUGGAGAUAGAAGAAGAUGAGGCCGGACAUUGUACACCAACAUUUGCUGGUGAUGGUUUAUUUGAGGUCGAGUGCAUGGGUAGAAGGUAUGCUGUGAAUUUACCUGCCAAGACAUGUGGGUGCAGAAAGUGGGAUGUUCUGGUAUCCCAUGUGCUCAUGCCAUCUCAUCAAUAUGGCAUUGUGGAGGCAACUCUGAGGAUUAUCUGA